CAUUUUGACUUCAUCGGUCUAUAUAGGACUUAUAUCCAUAGGCCAAAAUGCGUGGGACAGCGGUGAUUUGGUUGUGCGCUCUCAGCGUACUGAGCGCGAGUGCUGCUCCGCAAAACCAAGAAUAUGAACUUGAGUCCAGUAGUGAAUUUGAUGAAAUGGAGUCGGACGUCGAAACCGACGAAAUUGUCGAAAUCUCGAAAAAGACGCAAGAAGGCGUGGAAACUGAAAAAGAAAUCAUCAAGAAGAGAGACAAGAAGUUUUCAGAAAAUUCCCACUACGGAUCUCGUGCCCAAUACUAUAACAAUAUAGGGAAACCACACCGGGUCAUUGAACUCGAAGUGCCAGAUGACAAUGUAAAUUAUGAAGUGGUAACUUUACCAAAAGAAAGAGAUAGCCCUAUUGUUACUAUGCAGUUAGUUCCGCUGGGCUCAGGAGCACCAGGUCCUAUAGCACCAUGGCUUCCAUCACCACCUCAGCAGCCACUACCAUGGCAGCAAUGGCCACAGCCACCAGUCCCAUGGCACUUACAGCCACAAAUUCCUCAAUGGCAGCAGUGGCAGUCUUGGCCAUGGCAGUUCCCAGUGGGACCUGUGAGUCCAGUGGGUCCUGUGGGUCCAGUGGGUCCAGUGAGUCCUGUGGGUCCAGUGGGUCCAGUGAGUCCAGUGAAUCCAGUGGGUCCAGUGAAUCCAGUGGGUCCAGUGGCACCAGUGAGUCCAGUGGCACCAGUGGCUCCAGUGGCUCCCGUGGCUCCAGUGGCACCACUUCCUCCAGUAGGCCCAGUGGCACCACCUCCACCAGUGCCACAACCAGAACCGAUUUCUUCCGAGUCUUCAUUGAAGACUGAGUCAGAAUAUCACAAUGCUCAAUCGCAAUCUCAGAGGUCGAAAGCAUCGCAUAAAUCGAAAAAGUCCAAGACCGGUAGUUCUGGAAACCCAAGCGCAACUCCAGUGACUAUCAUCAAAGACGAAUCAAACGUGUCCUCCGAGUACCGACAGGCUGCCCAGUCUUCUCAGAGAAACUCUCUACAGGCGACCAACUCACAGACUACAUCUGGGGUUGAUGCAUACGGAAACCCAGUGAUCAUCGAGACAGCAGAGUCUGAUUCAAACGAGUCAUCGUCCAACCAGCAGUCAAGCCAGUACGGAAAGAACAGUGCUUCCCGAUCAUCUAGAAUUAUCGCUGCAGGAACAGACUCACCAGUCGUCGAGGAGAGUUCAUCUGAGGAAAACUCCUCUUCACAGCAACAGUCUUCGUCUACACAGUCUUCUAGCUCUAAGAAAUCUUCCAAAAAAGUUGUUGGUAAGUAUAGUCUGGUCUGUGAGCACGUAGAAUUUUGUCCAAUAACCCCAAGCUACUUAUCCUUAUCGUAAUUAUAUUGCUGUCGCGACUGUGCGACGGGCGCCCGCAGUGAGAGUGCGAGCAAAAUUUUACGUGCUCACAGACCGGGCUUAAGAUAGCUAUAACUAAUAGAACUGACGGCCGAUGGGGCAGCAAGGUUCUGGAGUGGAGGCCGCGUACCGGAAAACGUAGCAUGGGACGUCCACCCACAAGGUGGACCGACGACAUCAUGAAGGUAGCAGGAAGGCGCUGGACGCAGGCCGCUACCAACCGGGCAACAAGGAAAGCAUUGGGGGAGGCCUAUGUUCAGCAGUGGACGUCCUAUAGCUGAGAUGAUGAUGAUGAAGAUAGCUAUAAACUGUACUGUCAUGGGCAAUAGAAGCGCUUUGGCACUACGUACAUACGAUCCGAAUCCUAUGUAGGACGAAGCACACUUAUCAAACCGGACAUGGAUCGUAACCGUUCAUCUUAAGGCAGUCAGUAUUCUUUAUAUGGAACUCCGUACACAGGAAGCUCACCAGGACAACAGCCAGGAGGCUCGCCAGGACAUCACCCAGGAGGCUCGCCAGGACAACAGCCAGGAGGCUCGCUAGGACAACAGCCAGGAGGCUCGCCAGGAAGCUCGCCAGGC